AUGUUUUUGUGCCAGAGAUAUACCUCAGGUGUCAUUAGAUUCCCUUUGGCAAGUGGAUAUGCUUACAGAAGUAAACAAUUUUACCAUAUUGGUCGUACACUUCUGAAUGAAUCAAAUAGUUCCUUGUUUGGGGGAUUGACGAAAAAGGUGAAUUUGAAUGACGACGAUCCAAGCAAAAUAUCAAACAGAAUGGCCAUUGCGGCAGAUGUUGAGAACGCCGAGGAUGGCGAAGAUGGUAAAAUCAGAGAUUCUAUCACAGUUGAUAAUGAUACACUGCUACAGAAGUAUAUACAGUCCAGCCAACAGUCAGAGAAACUGGCGCAUAAGCUUUUACUAUCACCGCUGAAAAGAAAGCUCUAUCAAGCCAAUUGCACUUUGAAUGGUGGAUUUUAUAAGAAGGACUCCGUAGUAACAUUGCCAGGAUCUCAAGAAAAGUUCAAGUUAAAAUUGACGCGAGAAGAAAUUGAUGUAUUAGAGCCAUCCGUUUAUGUUAAAUCUUACAGAAUUAAGUCAUCUAUGAAGAAAGCUACCGUUUUACUUAGGUUACUGAAUGGGCUCGAUGCUAAGAAGGCACUUACUCAAUGCCAUUUUUCCCCUAAGAAAAUUGCUCGUGAAGUAGCGGAGCUCCUGGAAAGAGGAAUAAAAGAUGGUGAAAAGUUGGGAUUAAAUCCAGAUGACUUAUACAUAUCUCAGAUAUGGACUGGAAGUGAUGGACGCUGGCUCAAAAGGAUGGACUAUAAAGCCAGAGGUAGAAUAGGUAUUAUAACACAUCCCUACGUCCAUGUUAGAUGUAUUUUGAAAUCAAAGAGUGUAACCAAAAAAAGACUAGCUUACGAGUCUCAAGUAAAAGAACAAAGGAAAAAACCAUGGGUACAACUAGCGGAGAAACCAAUUAGAGGAACACCUGGAGGUGCAUAUAAAUGGUGA